UGUCACAAACGGUGGCCAGAAAAAGCAGCUCCAUAGUAUUACCAAAACCAGGCCCUUGGUUUUGGCUUGACUUAAAUAUGAACAAAAUCUCCAAAAAAGGAAAGAAAACUAAAAAUAAAAACAAAACCAAAACCACAAAACCAUGGGUAGUUUUCAGACCAUCCCUCUGACGGCCCAAAACCAGCUACUCUGUUUCUCUGUUUUGUACUAUAUCUUACUCAACGCUCUCUCUCUCGUCCUUUGACUCUGAUACAGAAACACUUUCACAAUUCGAAUAAGAUGGAACCUAACGCCUUCUCUGCGUUUGAUCCGAGAAUGUUAACCUUAGAAACGCCGCAGAACCCACCGAACCCGGUGCAGUUCCAGCAUCCGCAUCCUUACUCCACCGCCGGCGAUCAGCAUCCACAUCACCAACAACCGCUGAAGUCCUUGUACCCUCGCUCCUCCAAAGCCAUGCAACUCUCCCCGUUAAGCGUCGGAGACGAAGAAGACCGCGGGUCUGGUUCCGGGUCCGGGUGCCACCCGGAAGACAGCGUGGGAACCGACGGGAAGAGAAGAGUUUCUCAGUGGCAUCGGAUGAAAUGGACGGACACGAUGGUCCGGCUCCUGAUCAUGGCGGUGUACUACAUCGGCGACGAAGGUGGAGUAGGCGAUCAAACCGAGGCCAAAAAAAAAAUCAGUGGUGGCGGCGGCGGCGGCGGUGGAGGGGUGUUGCAGAAGAAAGGGAAGUGGAAGUCGGUGUCGAGAGCCAUGGUGGAGAAAGGCUUCUCUGUUUCGCCGCAACAGUGCGAAGACAAGUUCAACGACUUGAACAAACGGUACAAGAGAGUCAACGACAUUCUCGGGAAAGGGACAGCGUGUCGUGUCGUGGAGAAUCAAGCCUUGCUCGAGACGAUGGAUCAUCAUCUCACUCCUAAACUGAAAGACGAGGUCAAGAAGCUGCUCAACUCUAAGCAUCUCUUCUUCAAGGAGAUGUGCGCUUACCACAACAGCUGCGGCCAUCUCGACCAACCGCAACAACCGAGUCAGGAUCCGAGUCGGCACCGUCCGGAGCAGCAGAGCUGUAUUCACGCGGCGGAGGUAGCGGAAGAGUCGGAGACGGCGGAGGAUUCGGAGUCGGAGAUGGAGGAGGAGGAGACGAGCAAGAAGCGGAGGAGAGGGGAAGGAGUAUCCGGGGCCCUGAAGCGGAUGAGAGAAGAAACGGCGCGUGCGUUGGAUGAACCGGGGAAGAGCGCGUGGGAGAAGAAGGAGUGGAUGAGGAGGAAGGCGCUGGAGCUGGAGGAGAGGAAGGUUGGGUACGAGUGGGAGGCGGUGGAGAUGGAGAAGGAGAGAGUGAAGUGGAUGAGAUAUAGGAGCAAGAAAGAGAGGGAAAUGGAGAAGGCUAAGCUCGAGAACCAGCGACGGAUGCUUGAGACUGAGAGGAUGGUUUUGAUUCUCCGGCGGAGGGAGAUUGAGUUGGUGGAGUUACAGUCGUUGGGUAAACGGGUCGACCCGAGUUCCGCAACGGGGUGAGCUGAUCAGUGUUAGGAACUUAGGAUUAAUGAUGUUUUGGGUUAGAUUAUAUAUAACUUACGUGAUGAUUGUUUUUUUGGUUUCUAGUUUUUGGAUUUUAGUUUUUGGUUUUUGGUUUUUGAUUUUUGUUUUUUGGAUUUUAGAUUUUGGUUU